AUGGGAGCAUGUGGUAGCAAGAAGACCGGCCGGAAGGAGAGGCGCAAUUCCAUAUACAAGCAGAAGCCUCUGCCAUCUCCGAGAAAGAAAAACCCUCCAGCGCCACCGCCGGUAAGAAUUCGAAUCCAAGACUGGGCUGUGCCUCAAAGGGCAGGAAUUCUGCCUCCAGAAGAAGAAGAAGAAGAAGACCAUGCCCAUCUGACUGGGUUGCCCCAGCUACUCUGGGCAGCUUCCAACAUACAUAAAGAGAUAAUAAAACAUUAAACAUUAAAAAGAAAACUUCCCUGUACAGGGCUGCCUUCAGAUGUCUUCUAAAGGUUGUAUAGUUACCUAUUUCCUUGGCUUCAGGAGUCACAUAACUCCAUACCCUCCAACAUUUCCCCGAUGAAAUAGAAAUGUCCUAAGGACAAGUGUGACAUUCUCAGAUCAAACCAGAAAUUGGGACAGCUUCUGUAAAUCCCAGUAUACCUGAAGGAGUGUCUCCACCCCCCUGAUUCAGCCUGGACACUGAGGUCCAGUGCUGAGGGCCUUCUGGCGGUUCCCUCACUGCGAGAAGCAAAGCUACAGGGAACCGGGCAGAGGGCCUUCUCGGUGGUGGCGCCCACCCUGUGGAACGCCUUCCCAUCAGAUGUCAAGGAAAUAAACAACUUGGAGAAAAGAAAAGAGGGGCGAGGGGGGCAAGGGGAAACUAUUGCAGUGAAGUAAUGUUUGGUUUCUGUAACUUUCCAAAGGUCAAGGCAAAGAACUUCACCAUUCCUGCCAACCGGUCUUCUGACAGCGGUAAGAAGAUGAACCUUGGUUUUUCCUUGACGUUUUGCAAAGCUUUCUCUUGCUGUUUUCUCAACACCAGGGAGCUAUUGUAGCGAGCCAUUGGGAUGAAGGCUUGCUUUAUUUCCAGCUCUGAGCUCUCCCUAAGCCUGCAAAAUAGAGCUGUGCAUUUCUUUUCCAGCUGCAAACAUGCAAUUCAGCACUACAAUUACCAUUCUGCUGUUGAGAUUUAUGAUCUGUGUGUGUGGUUUGGGAGCUGUACGGUCAGGGGAAAAACAAUGCUGUCCAGGGUUGUAAAGACUGCGGAGAGAAUAAUUGGGUGCACUCUCCCUAAAAAGGUAAAGGGACCCCUGACCCUUAGGUCCAGUCGUGACCGACUCUGGGGUUGCGGCGCUCAUCUCGCUUUAUUGGCCAAGGGAGCCGGCGUACAGCUUCUGGGUCAUGUGGCAGCAUGACUAAGCCGCUUCUGGAGAACCAGAGCAGCACACGGAAACGCCGUUUAAAUUCCCACCGGAGCGGUACCUAUUUAUCGACUUGCACUGGCGUGCUUUCCAACUGCUAGGUGGGCAGGAGCUGGGACUGAACAAUGGGAGCUCACCCCGCUGCGGGGAUUCGAACCGCCGACCUUCUGAUUGGCAAGCCCUAGGCUCUGUGGUUUAACCCACAGCGCCACCCUCACUCUCCCUAACUUGGAUCAAAUCUACGCUUCCAGGUGCCAUAAGAAAGCUGCAGAGAUAGUGCAGGAUAGUACAUACCCCAAAAAUGAUCUCUUUCAGCUUCUGCCUUCUGGAAGAAGGUACAGGGUUAUAAAGACUAGGACUAGCCGCCUGAGAAACAGUUUCUAUUCAAAUGCAAUUUUGGUUUUAAACGCAGUGUAAGGUAGUCUCUAUGGGAGUAUAUUGUAUUUAAUUAUGGGGUAUCAGAGGUUUUAGGGGGCUAACCAGGCUGGGAUAGUUGGCUUGUUGGUUUCUGAAUGUCUGUUGCAGAUUUUCAAUUUCGUCGUUCUGUAUGGGACAAUGACAAUAAAGAUUAUCGUAUCGUAUUGUAUCGUAGUGGAAAUCCAGCAUGCAAGUAUUUACUUAGAGCAGCCGCCCCCCAGCAGAAGCUCUUGGCUUACAAAAUGAGCUCCUGGCCUUUUCUUGGCACGACUCCACCGAUAAAUGCAAACUGGGGUAUUCGCUGGACUCGGCCCUCACAAAACCAUGCAUUGUUCCUGAGUCUCACACGUGACCUUGCAAAGAGGGAAGGUUGCCAGUGGCUUUCUUCGAAAAGGUCAGGCCGAGUGAGAUUUAAAACUCUCUGUCUCACCCUUGGCUAUAUUUAGAAGGUCUUUGGCUCGCGCCAUGAAAGGUCUUCUCCCUUUCACAGCACGGGUGUUGGCGUAUCUGCUCAAAAUCUGCCUGAAUGUAUUCAAGCUGCUCACAUUAGUGUUUAAGAUGUCAAGGAGAUAAAGAACUACACAGAUUUUAGAAGACAUCUGAAGGCAGCCCUGUAUAGGGAAGUUUUUAAUGUGUGAUGUCAAAAAACAAAGAACUCCCUGCGUUUUUAUAUUUUGUCUCACUGGGGCAACCCAGCCAGAUGGAAGGGGUAAAAUUGUUGUUGUUGUUGUUGACAGGCCUCAAAUAUCUGAGAGAGCUACUCUUUCCCUACACACCUACAGAAUAUUUCAAGAAGCCUGUCCAUUUACAUAAUUUAAUACUUGUUUUUAAAGUUUGCUGACUUUAUCUGUGCGCCAUUGAUGUCUAAUGUUUUACAGUUUCUUAUGUGCUGUAAGCCGCCCAGAGCGCCUGGGGAAACCCAACCAGAUAGGCAGGGUACAAAUAAACAAUAACAACAACAACAACAACAAUAAUAAUAUAUUUAUACCCCGCCCUCUCCGUCCAGAGCUGGGCUCAGGGCAGCUAACACCAGUAAAAUUACAGUAAAAACAUAAUGGGGGGGGGCAAUUUAAAAUGCAGCCUCAUUUUAAAAGUAGUCCAUAGAUCAAAACCGUAAGGGGAGGGAAACGUAAGGGUCAGACUGAGUCCAAACCAUAGGCCAGGUGGAACAGUUCUGUCUUGCAGGCCCUGCAGAAAGAUGUCAAGUCCCGCAGGGCCCUAGUCUCUUGUGACAGAGCGUUCCACCAAAUCGGGGCCAGUACUGAAAAGGCCCUGGCCCUACUUGAGACCAAUCUAACAACCUUGCGGCUUGGGACCUCCAAAGUGUUGUCAUUUGUGGACCUUAACGUCCUCCGAGCUGCAUACCAAGAGAGGCGGUCCCGUAGGUACAAGUGUCCUAGGCCGUAUAGGGCUUUAAAGGUCAAAACCAGCACCUUAAACUUGACCCUGUACUCCACUGGGAGCCAGUGCAGUUGGUAAAGCACUGGAUGAAUGUGAUCCCGUGGCAAGGACCCCGGAAGGAGCCUCGCCGCGGCAUUCUGCACCUGCAGGAGUUUCUGGGUCAGCUUCAAGGGCAGACUUCCUUACAGCUGCUGCUGGUAUUAGACUCUCCUUUAUUGGAGGUUUGCCAACAGAGGUUGGAUGCCCAUCUGUCGGGGGUUAAUUAGUCAUGAUUCCUGCAUUGCAGGAGGUUGGACUAGAUGACCCUUGUGGUCCCCUCAAUUCUAUGAUUGUAUAGUUCCUCUCCAUGAGGUUGCAAUAUGGCUGUUGUGCAUAUUAAUUUAAUCUUGUAAUCAUAAUCACCAUAAUAAAUUGCUCUGGCAGCAAGUUGUCCACUGCUGGAGCAGUAACAGGCUAAAUAAGGGUUGGUUCAGGAAUACUGUAACCAUAUAAGUGAACAGGAAGGUAUUAACUAAAGGUACAGAAGCUGCAUUAAACUUAAAUCCAGGCUCUUCUCUACCUUUGCUGAACAAGGAGUGGGGUUGGUUGACCCUAUACCAUGUAGUUGAUACUUCUAGCUUCUAGGUCUUGGGCACAGUUAAUACUUUUGCUUUUUUUCACAAUACAGAUAAGCACAUUGUCAUAGCACAGUACCAUUUCACUACGCUGAGUGACCGCGAUCUGCCAUUGACCGUAGGAGAGAAGUUUGAAGUCCUUUGCAGGUGAGUGAUCUUUUGCAUGUUUCAAACAGUUCAGUCAUGCUCUGGUAUGCCUUUUGCUAUAAAUGUACAGUCAUUCCUCAGGUUACAGAUGCUUCGGGUUGCGCGAUUUCGGGUUGUGCACCGCGCCGAACCCAGAAGUACUGGAAUGGGUUACUUCCGGGUUUUAGUGCUUGGGCAUGCACAGAAGCACUAAAUCGGGCUUUGCGCAUGCACAGAAGCACUAAAUCGUGACCCAUGUCUGCGCAGAUCACGCACGGAUCACGUUCGCAACCCAAGUGUCCACUGUAUAAAAAUCAACCUGAAAUAUAGAGCACCCUCAUGUAAAAAAAUCUGGGCCCAUUUGCCUAUUGUGAUACAGUUUUACAAUCCACAUGAGUAUUCAUAUACAAACAUACCUACAUACAUACAGGAUGCCGGUGGCGCUGUGGUCCAAACCACUGAGCCUCUUGGGCUUGCCAAUCGGAAGGUCGGCAGUUCGAAUCCCCACGACAGGCUGAGCUCCCGUUGCUCUGUCCCAGCUUCUGCCAACCUAGCAGUUCAAAAGCAUACCAGCAUGAGUAGAUAAAUAGGUACCGCUGCAGCGGGAAAGUAAAUGGCAUUUCCGUGCACUCUGGUUUCCAUCACGGUGUACCGUUGCGCAAGAAGCGGUUUAGUCCUGCUGGCCACAUGACCUGGAAAGCUGUCUGUGGAUAAACGCUGGAUCCCUCGGCCUGAAGUAAGAUGAGCACCACACCCCAUAGUCGCCUUUGACUGGACUUAACUGUCCAGGAGUCCUUUAACUUUUUUUUUACAUACAUACAUAUAGAGAGAGAUAGCGCAACAGCUCAAGACCACAAUAUCUCAAGGCCCGCCUCUUUCCAUAUGAACCUACCCAGACUCUGAGAUCAUCUUCUGAGGCCCUCCUUCAUGUGCCUCUUCCCUGAGAGGUCUGGAGAGUGGCAACACAAGAACGGGGCCUUUUCUGCACUGGCUCCCCAUUUGUGGAAUGCUCUCCCCAGGGAGACUCCCCUGGUGCCUUCAUUACUUAUAUAUAGGCACCAGACAAAAAUGUUUCCCUAUCACCAAAGCUUGGGCUGAUUAACAUCCUUUGGCCUUUUUAAAUGUGUUCAUGGGAGAGGGGGUUAUUAGAGGUUGUUUGUUUUGGUUUUGUUACGUAUUUUGUGUUCCCAUUUUCAAUGUUUAUGUUGUGAAGCCCCUCUGUGGUCAUCUGCAAGGGAUUCCCACACGGAGGGGUUGAUGUUCCCAGCCUUCAUGUCACGUCUGCAGACAUCUUUGUAACACAGAGCUGGUCUGCCAACAGGCCUGGUACCUGGCGCCAGCUCCCCACAGAAACUAGUUAAGCACCCAUAAGUGCUCACCUAGUCAGCCAAAACCAUCACCUAGAAAAAGGGACUAGUCUGGCAAGCUUGCUCUUAUAUAUUUUACCCACAAAAUUGGGAGGCAGUCAAGGCAUCAUCCAGAUUGAUCCCCCAAAUUUGUAAUAAUACUGUUUGUUUCUAGUCUUCUUUCUGGUGUAUUGGCAAAAAAGUGCAUUUAUUCAUAAAAAUUAUAUUAGGAAAAAUUGCUUGUGAAGCCUCACUGUGUUGUUCUUGUUGUUGUUGUUGUUGUUGUUUUUUAACUGGUGUGGAAAUGUGGGGGACUCAACUGACGACUGGAAAAAGAGAGAACCAGAGAGAAACCAAAAGAGAUGAGCCCAUCCCUAGUAAAAUCACUGCUUCUUUCAAUGUGCAUUGUUUAUUUAUACGGUGCUUUAUUUUCACAGCGACGGGGACUGGUGGCUAGCAAAAUCUCUUACCACGGGGCACAAAGGCUACAUACCCAGCAAUUUUGUGGCCCGUGUAAACAGCCUGGAAGAAGAAAAGUAAGGAGGCCUCUUUGGGUUUGGGGGCAUAGAAUCUGUCAUCUAACAUUACCCACUUGGGGGACCCCAACUGAUAUUUUGAGACAUGUGAAGAUCUGCAGUGAAAAGUUUGCUAUCAUCAAGGCCAGAGUUUUGCUUUGUUUUUUUAAAAAAAAUGUGGCCCGAUUUGGUAUGUCAUGGGCUUCCAAUUCCUUGUUCCUCUACAUAUUAUCUGCUUCCCUAUGCAAGUUAGUCCUCUAAGGAUGCAUACACACGGUACAUUUAAACCCCCAAGAAUCCCAGGAAAUGUAGCUUCUUUUGGGUGCUGGGAACUGAAGUUCAGUGAUAUGUAAACUACAGUUCCCAUGAUUCUUUGGGGAAGCCAUGUGCUUUAGAUGUAUGGUGUGUUUACAGCCUAACUCAGUUUUUAUGUACCUCUGUUGUCUUCUGACUUCCAGUCUUUCCGUUAAAAAAACAAAAACGGUGAGCCUUACGGUACCAUAGAUGUUAAAAUCUCAUGUUCUACCAAUUGAGCUAAAAAUGGUGAUCAAUUGCUCUGCCUGCAAAAAAAAAGGUAAUUAGGAAUUAAAACCCUACCACUAAUCUCCCACCCCAGAACAGGAACUGAAUCAUUAAAGGCUGAUUCAGGAAUGCCAUAGGAACAGGAAAUUUCUAACUAAAGGGACAAAAGCUGGACCUUCAUUUCUUAGUGGUGAUUUCUGCUCUUGCUGUUGUUUAAUAAUGAUAAUAAAUCUCCCUUUCUCAGGUGGUUUUUUAAAGGCCUGAGCAGAAAAGAAACCGAACGCCUCUUGCUAGCACCUGGCAAUGUGAUGGGGUCAUUUCUGAUCAGGGAAAGCGAAACUAAUCCAGGUAAGAAUCUGGGAAUGUAUUUUGCAGAAUGACAACGGAAAAGUUCUCUCGCUGUUCCAGCAAUAUCAGAAACGCCAUUAAUAUACUGGAGUAUUUGGAAAAUAAACCAGCUGCUUUGAUGCUGGUGGAUGCAGAAAAGGCGUUUGACAAUGUCUCAUGGAGUUUUAUGAAAGUGCAAAUAAACCUCAUGGGAUUCGUUCCGUUUCUGCAUCUCUUGCAUGUUUUGACUUUUCCUCAUAGAGGAGUCGCCCCAUUCCCUUGAUCGUUCUGCUUGCCCUUUACUGAAACUUUUGCAGCUCCACAACAUCCUUUCUGGGUUGGAGGUGACCCCAAAUUCUAGCAGGCCACCCUUUGCCCAUAGUGACAAAUUUUGAGUUGCAUUCAGUUAGCAGACAGCUGCAUAUUUGAACAGAACCAGAUCAGAGUAGGCAGAAAUCUCAUGACUUUUCCCAUGGCUUCUGGUGCUAGAUGGUUUUUGCAAUCACAGAGUUGAAAGGUAACCCAAGGGUCAUCUAGUCCAACCCCCUGCAAAUGCAGGAAUUUCAACAGGUGACUUGUUAACAUGGAACCACGUGCAACGCAUUUCAUAUGGUUGUGUUUUUUAAAAAAAAGAAAUAGAAAAAAAAAGCUUUAUUAGGUCUUACAAUUUUAUAUUCAACACAAUCAUCGUAAACAGAAUAAAAAAUUCAUAAAUCCAGAUUUUCCCCCACCUCCCUUCCAUUGACUUUCCCCAACCUCCUCUUCUGGUUCUUUAAGUAUUUAUUACUUCUGCUUAAUUUAUUUACCUUGAUUUUAAAAUCUUUCAACUAAAUAUUCUUAUAUUCUUAUUAUUUUUAUACCGUAUCUUCCCAAAUUACAUCUUACAUUUUUUUAUUUCCCCAAUUACUGCUCCUUGACUUAUACACUUUUUUCCUUAAUUGUAAGUGUUUACUCAAACCCUGCUAGUGAGUCUACUUCUUUACAAUAUUUCUGUAAGUACAUCAUAAACAGUUCCCAGUCUUUUUUGAAAUCUUUAUUGUCCUUGUCUCUGAGUUUUCCCGUAAGCUUCACCAUUUCGGCAUAGUCCAUAAAUUUUGCUUGCCAUUCUUCUUUCGUUGGUAUCUUGUCGACGUUCCAUUUUGGGGCUAGUAAAAUCCUAGCCUCUGUUGUAGCAAACAUGAAUAACACACACAUUUCAUAUGGUUAAUUGGCUGGUGGCAAGCAUGGGGCUCACGUGACCCUCCAGAGAUUCAUAGAAUCAUCAAAUUGUAGAGUUGGCAGGGGACCUAUAGGGUCAUCCAGUCCAACCCCCUAUAGUGCAGGGAUCAAAGAUGAAGAAUCCCUGACAGGCGGCCCUCCAAACUCUGCUUUAAAAGCUCCACUGAAGGAGAGGCCACCACCUUCUGAAAGAGUCUGAUCCAUAACUUAGCAUUUCUUACCAUCAUAAGGUUCUUCCUGUUCACAAGCUAACAAGGACUUGCUCACAAAUUUAUUGACAGCUGCACAAAUUAUUAUCGCCAGGAAGCAGAAGGGGCAAGCAGAAUAUAAAAUGGAAGGGUGGUAUAAAGAGGGGUAAAGGUAAAGGGACCCCUGACCAUUAGGUCCAGUCAUGGCCGACUCUGGGUUUGCAGCACUCAUCUCGCUUUAUUGGCCGAGGGAGCCGGCGUACAGCUUCCGGGUCAUGUGGCCAGCAUGACUAAGCCGCUUCUGGCUAACCAGAGCAGCGCAUGGAAACGCUGUUUACCUUCCCGGUGGAGUGGUACCUAUUUAUCUACUUGCACUUUGACGUGCUUUCAAACUGCUAGGUUGGCAGGAGCAGGGACCAAGCAACAGGAGCUCACCCUGUGGCAGGGAUUCGAACCGCCGACCUUCUGAUCAGCAAGUCCUAGGCUCUGUGGUUUAACCCACAGCGUCACCGGCUUCCCUGUUCACAGGCUAACAAGGACUUGCUCACAAAUUUACUGACAGCUGCAAGAAUUAUUAUCACCAGGAAGCGGAAGGGGCAAGCAGAAUAUAAAAUGGAAGGAUGCUAUAAAGAGGGGUGGGAUAUAGCUAUUAAUGGUAAAUUAAUCAAUGUGCCAUUAAGGUAAGACAGGGAGUGUGCAGGAGAAAUGAUUUUUGAGGAGAUAUGCGAGAGCGUUUGUAGAGGUUGUACUGUUAAAACGGAAAAGGGGUCAAACCAAUUUUGGGAGGUUGGAUUAUUACAAUGGAAUCGUCUCAGUUGUGGAGUGCACAUGUUUAUUCUUAUUUAUUUAUUUAUUUAUUUAUGAUUAUUGCUUUAAUUAAAAAUAAAUAAAAUGGAUGGGGGGGUUCUUCCUAAUAUUUAGUUGGAAUUUCCUUUCUUAAUCAAUUUGAAUCCAUUGGUUUGGGUCCUGCCCACUGGAGCAGUAGGAAACAAGCAGUUCCUGGACUACAGCUCUUAUUGUCCCCACAUUGGCUGGGGCUGGUGCGAGUUCGAAUCCAGGACCGCCAGAAAAAUGCAUUGCGAAACGAUGUUCCUGCCGACAAAAAUGUUUAGAAACACAUUCCUGCAACAACAGAUAAUACCUAUUUUUGUGUCUCCUUUUCCAGGUGCCUUUUCCCUUUCCAUCAGGGACUACACAUCUCAAGGGGAUGUCAUCAAACAUUAUCAAAUCCGAUCUCUGGACCAUGGGGGAUAUUACAUCUGCCCAAGGACCACAUUCCCUACGCUGCAGGACCUUGUCAAACAUUAUUCUUGUAAGUUGGCCUUAAUUUGGGAUAGGAGAGGAAUUUGAUUUGGUUCACAGAGAAAGUCAAGUGUACCUAAUUCGCAGUUUCGGAAUCAAAACAUACCCAUCCUUUGAAAUUCGUACACAUGCAAAUUUUGUAACGCAGUUCUCCAACCAAGUGUGCCUUUGAAAAAUGAAUAUAUUCAUGAAAACAGCACGCAAACAUGGGGAAAUGUGUACAUUGGUCAAAACUGCAUACAAACAUGUCUUUAUUAGGAGAAACCUGAACUAGAGUGCUGAUGAAUUUUAAUAAGGAUUUUUUUAAAAAAAGAUCUGCAAAGUGCUGCAGGAACGUUGAGAACUGAAGAUCUGACCACUAAAGGAGGACAAAUUUCAAACAAAUUGGCAUACUAUAUGCAGAGUAAUAAGACUAUAUCAUAUUCCCUAUUUGUCUUUUCAUUUCCCCCGCCCCUUAUGUUCUCUCCCUCCCUCAUCUUUCACCUUUCUCUUUCUUCCUCUCUCUACUUUUUCUUUUUCUCGUUUUGUAUCAAAACUGAACUGUGGACAAACAUUUUGAACUAAGGCCAUUUCCAGACAACACUCUCUAUUGAGCAUCCUUCUUGAUUUGUUUUCCUGGGGAGUUUAGGCGACUUUGCAUCAACUCAAAAAUCAACGCACACUGUUCACCGACGCAUUUUUCACCAUUAAAGUUCCUUAUCCCAAAAAGUCUGAUGUUUUGAGGAAGCAAGUCUGUUGUACCAGAGCAGCAAACCAUCUUUCCCUGUUCUUCCUAAAUUUAGAGGGAUCUCACUGAAUCACACCCGAAAAUAGCAGGUGUUCUAAGUGAGGGAAGUGGGGCAAAACACUGUAAUAUCUGGAGAUGGGAAGACAGGGAGGGAAGCGGGGAGUUUGUACUCAGUACCUGUUGCAAAAAAAUAAAACUGAAAGAAACUAUGUAGGAGGAGGAAGAGGGUUACUACGACCAUUUUCUGCCCUGACCUGAUCUCAGACCUUUUCCUUCUGCUUCCGGUGCCCCUGCACAGCUUACGAAGAUGGCUUGUGUCAGCUGCUACGACAGCCGUGCAUCUCUCUGGUUCCACAAAGGCCGUGGACCACCGAUGAAUGGGAGAUUCCUCGAGAAACGCUGAAACUUGUCAAGAAGCUGGGAGCAGGCCAGUUUGGAGAGGUUUGGAUGGGUAAGCUGAGACUCAUAUAACACCAGUCCUGAAAGACUUACUGUAUUUUUCGCUCCAUAAGUCUCACUUGUUCCCUUCUAAAAAGUAAGGGGAAAUGUGUGUGUGUCUUAUGGAGCGAAUGCAGGUGGGAGGCUCUGCUCAGCGCUCCCUUUAAAGAGCUGCGUGGAGCUCCCUCCUCGGGGAAAAGCCCCCAAGAGCCGCACACAUGCUCCAUGCAGCUCUUUAAAGGGAGCGCGGCUCUUGGGGGCUUUUCCGGGAGGUGAGGGAAGGGACUGAUGGGCUACCCUCUGUCCCUUCCCACACCUCCCGGAAAAGCCAGCAAGAGCCGCUGCCAAGCUCUGCUCAGUGCUCCCUUGUAAGGGCUCCCUUUUGUCCCUCAUCCCGCUUUGCUGGGAAGCCAGCAGAAGAGGCGCUGUGCAGCUAUCGCUCUUGCUCUGCUGGCUUCUCAGCGAAGCGGGAAGAGAGGUGAAAGGGUUUAAAGCAAGAAAAGCAAGAGCCGCUUACAUGCUCUGCGCAGAAUAUUUUUUUUCCUUGCUUUGCCCCUCUAAGAACUAGGUGCGUCUUAUGGUCAGGUGUGACUUAUGGAACGAAAAAUACGGUACAUUGGCUCCCAGUACAUUUCCGAGCACAAUUCAAAGUGUUUGUGCUGACCUUGAAAGUCCUAAACGGCCUCGGUCCAGUAUACCUAAAGGAGCAUCUCCACCCCCAUCGUUCUGCCUGGACACUGAGGUCCAGCUUUGAGGGCCUUCUGGCGGUUCCCUCAUUGCGAGAAGUGAGGUUACAGGGAACCAGGCAGAGGGCCUUCUCGGUGGUGGUGCCCACCCUGUGGAACGCCCUCCCAGCAGAUGUCAAGGAGAUAAAGAACUACACAACUUUUAGAAGACAUCAAAAGGCAGCCCUGUUUAGGGAAGUUUUUAAUUUUUGAUGUUUUAUCGCUUUUUUAUUCUGUUGGGAGCUGCCCAGAGGGGCUGGGAAAACCCAGCCAGAUGGGUGAGGUAUUAAUAAUAAUAAUAAUAAUAAUAAUAAUAAUAAUAAUUAGUAGUAGUAGUAGUAGUAGUAGUGUUGCCUGGCAUUGUCGUAUCUGGGAAAGGUGUAAAAACGGAUAUGGGUUUUGGAGUUCAGCUGGAAGUAUCUGAGCUUCCAAAAGGUGGCAGGGCCUUCUGUCCUUCAUUCGCCCCAUCUUUUCCUUCUGUAGGUUAUUACAGAAGGGACGCGGGUGGCGCUGUGGGUUAAACCACAGAGCCUAGGACUUGCCGAUCAGAAGGUUGGUGGUUCGAAUCUCCACAACGGGGUGAGCUCCCAUUGCUCGGUCCCUGCUCCUGCCCACCUAGCAGUUCAAAAGCACGCCAAAGUGCAAGUAGAUAAAUAGGUACCACUCCAGCGGGAAGGUAAACGGCAUUUCCAUGCGCUGCUCUGGUUCGCCAGAAGCGGCUUUGUCAUGCUGGCCAUAUGACCCGGAAGCUGUACGCCGGCUCCCUCAGCCAAUAAAGCGAGAAGAGCGCUGCAACCCCAGAGUCGGUCACGACUGAACCUAAUGGUCAGGGGUCCCUUUACCUUUACAGGUUAUUACAAGAAUAAUGUGAAGGUGGCAGUGAAGACCCUGAAAGAAGGCAGCAUGGCUCCAGAUGCCUUCUUGGCUGAAGCCAACUUGAUGAAGAGGCUUCAGCAUAGCAAGCUAGUCCGUCUGCACGCCGUGGUCACCCAGCAGCCGAUAUACAUCGUAACAGAAUACAUGGCCAACGGUAACCGACUCCCUUGGGAUCUCAGCCAAUUGUUUUGAUCCACACUGGAAUGCAGAAUCUGGGUCUCCUUGAUUUCAGUCAAUACCUUCUUGCCAAUAUAGGAAAAUUAAAGCACCCAAAUCACAGCAUUUCGAACAUAAUGCCAAGUUAAAAAUGCAUUGUACUUAUAUACAAUCUAAGGCAGAGCUUUCCAAACUUUUCAUGUUGGUCACACACUUUUUAGACACACAUCGUUUUGUGACACGGUAAUUCAGUUGCACAGUCGUAUCUUGGUUGGCAAACGCCUUGGUACUCAGACGUUUUAACUCCUGAAAGCCAUAAACCCGGAAGUGAGUGUUCUGGUUUGCAAACGUUUUUUGGAACCCGAACAUCCAACGGGGCUUACGGGGCUUCUGAUUGGCUGCAGGAGCUUCCUGCAGCCAAUCGGAAGCCGUGCUUUGGUUUCCAAACAUUUACAUGAUGGAGCACUUACAUGACACACCUACACAUUGCAGCCAACACACUAACAUGUUGAGACAUACAGUUUAAAAAGCUCUUAUCUAAGGAUAGGGACAAACCAAGAUGCAAUUACCGUAUUUUUUGCACCAUAACACUCACUUUUUUCCUCCUAGAAAGUAAGGGGAAAUGUCUGUGCGUGUUAUGGAGCGAAUGCCUGCGGGUGGCGGGGGGGAUCUGCUGCAGUCGUGAGCAGAGGAUCCAUGGUUCCCCUUCCCCCCUCCUCCGUGGUUACAAAGCAUGGAUCCACAUGGAUCCUCAGGAUUUUUGCAUUGGGCUACUCCAAACUCACUGUCAGAUCACAUGUCUGUGGCCACAGCAUGAACCACAAAAAUCAUAUAUCCACUAUUUCGUUUAGAAUAUUUUUUUUCUUGUUUUCCUCCUCUAAAAACUACGUGCGUGUUAUGGUCUGGUGCGUGUUAUAGAGCGAAAAAUACGGUAAUUUAAAGGUCUUUGCAGCAGAACACGGAAGACUGUUUCUCUUAUGAUUUUGUUCGGGUUAGCCAAUAAGUAGACCAAAUAUCUUUCAGGUGUCCUUUGUGGGUAUUUCAGUAGGAUAAAUAAUCUAUUUCAUUCAUCUCUAUUUUAUAUUUUGUGUUUUUUAUAUUGUAAUUUUAUGUUGUAAACCUCCCUGAGAUCUACAGGCAUAGGACAGUAUACUAACAACAACAACAACAACAACAACAACAACAACUAAUAGAAAAAAAUAUGUUAAGGUCCUCAAACUAGAAUUUGUUGCUUGCUUUAUUACCCUAACGUACAUUAGGAAUAUUCUCCUCUAUUACUUUCUUAGAAAAGGAUUUGGCAUUAAAAACAUGGGAGACUUUAUCAAAUACGAUUGCACAUUGAAAGGUCUUUGGGAAGUGAAUAAUCUUGAUUUCUCCUCCUUUUCAGGCUGCUUGCUGGAUUUCUUGAAAUCAGAGGAAGGAAGGAAGUUGACUCUCCCCAAACUUAUAGACUCCUCAGCCCAGGUGAGUGGAUUGAUUCGCCUUAAACCUUAUAAUUGAAAAAGGUCUUGAUACUUCCCCAAACUUGAGAGCUACGCAUUCAGGCCAUCCUGAACAUUGCUUUCUUUGAAGCCUGCACUUCCGAGAGGAGAAUGUGUUGAGCAAAGUAUCUUCUGGAUUUUAGGAGAAGCAAAUUUAGAAAUUGUUACGGAAAAAUCUAGGUGUGAGGCUGCUCAGUCACCCAGCUCGUCGGUCAGAGCCUGCGGAUCCCUGCGGAAUAAAGGAAGGAUUCUAGCCACCAACCGGAGCAAAUUGCUGUAGACCAAGGCGCUGUGGGUUAAACCACUGAGCCUAGGGCUUGCCGAUCAGAAGGUCAGCGGUUCAAAUCCCCGUGACGGGGUGAGCUCCCAUUGCUUGGUCCCUGCUCCUGCCAACCUAGCAGUUCGAAAGCACGUCAAAGUGCAAGUAGGUAAAUAGGUACCGCUCCGGCGGGAAGGUAAACAGCAUUCCGUGCGCUGCUCUGGUUUGCCAGAAGCGGCUUAGUCAUGCUGGCCACAUGACCCGGAAGCUGUACGCCGGCUCCUUCGGCCAAUAAAGCGAGAUGAGCACCACAACCCCAAAGUCGUCCGCGACUGGACCUAAUGGUCAGGGGUCCCCUUUAGGUUCAAAGAGGAAAUUUGAACCCCAAGGAUGGGGUGACAAAGACUUUUAAAACUUUCCCACCAUAUCCCAGAAUAUAGUUCGUACAGCAUCAUUGCUACAUCAUUGCUACAUCACUGACAUGUCACAAAAGGGGAGGGGUAGACAGGGGUUACGCUAGUUUAACCUUGGCAAAUAUGUCCAGACAAGUCCUUGGUACAAGAUUAGCAUAAGCAGACAUGGCAGGGCAAGACUCAGGUAUAGGAUUAGCAUAGGCAAAGACCUCUGAAGUCCCACCACCCAAAGUACAAUAGAACUUCCUUUGCAUGUCUGGACCCCUUGGCAAGUUUGGUGAUGGAAUUAAGCCUUCCUUGGCCAACAAUCAGCUCAGCAAUUGUCACCGGUGGUAACUUCCUGGAGUUCCUUUCAAGGGGAAAAUAGCUUUGGAAUGGAGGAAACUGGCAAAGGAGUUGAUUUUAUAUUAUUUUUAAAGCUAGGUAACUUCCCUGAGCUGUCAAGUUGAAAGGAUACAUUCAGGCGUAAUAUUUGUAACAUUUAACUUUAAAGAUGUGCCCCCCCCCCCCAUAAUUUCCAUAACAGAAAUGCAAACUCAGAGGUCAGAACUGCACAUAAAUUUAAUGCCGUCAUUUGGAUUUCAUUGGGUGGGAGGAGUUUGGAAGUAUGCCCUGCAAUUUUGGUGGAUGGCAAGGUUUGGAGUGAGUCCUUCAGUCCUUGAAUAGACAGUAAGGUGCAAUGCAGUGUAUCUGGCAACAGCGUCUGGUGGCAAGUAUUGUCAGAACGGUGUUGUUUGCAUGAGCUGACCGCUCAGGCGCAGAACGCGUAGGCGGAAUCUGCAAAUAGAAAGUUAUCAGUGUAUACGUUGUCCUGUGGUCAGUCCCUCUCUCCCUCCUUCCCCUCUGCUUGUGUGAGCUGAGAGGAAACAAGCCAUCUAUCUCAUUAACAUCAGGACAGGAAGCGACACCCAUUUUCCACUGAGGCGAGCGGCAUUUGAGCUGAAAGCUUGAGCAUGCCGAAUAUUUGUGGAAAAUGUAUCUUCACAUCCUGUUCAAAACCACAAGAAAGAUGCAAGGUGGCAAAAAAAACAAAAAACCACAAAAUCUCUGCGGUCUGAGAAAUUGUUAGGCCCUUUGAGGCAGAACUAAACAAGAGAGGGUCUCGCCGUCUUUUGACAACCCUCUUUAUAUACAAUUUGUUCUGCGCCGGUUAAAGGCUGGGGUUGGAGGGAUUUCUCUCUUAUGUGUUGCUCUGUUAAAGGCAGCCCUGUUUAGGGAAGUUUUUAAUGUUUAAUGCUGUAUCAUGUUUUUAAUAUUCAGUUGGGAGCCACCCAGAUGGGUGGGGUAUAAGUUAUUAUGAUGAUGAUUAUUAAAUAUAUGCAUUUCUUGCAUUAAGGAUGUAAGAGGAACCAAACUGUAUCAGACCAAAGGUCUGGGGCAACAAAUUAUCAUCAACAACAGCAUCAGAACCCAGCUUGGGAUUUUGGAGAAAUGGGAGCAAAAUUUGCCAGUGUUCACGUAAUCAUCCCAUGUCUGAAAUGGAAAUAAGUCUGGAGAGUCCCUGGUCCAUAUUGGUGGGGAUGAAACCCUUGAUAUUUCCAGAUAAGGUUGUGGUAGAAAUAUGAUUCAGUUUAAGGAUGCAUUUACCUCAUUCGCACUUUUCAAAACAUUGUGCGAAGCAAAACACAAGCGUCCUUUAAAUUCACACUUCUAUGAAUUUUUCAGUGCAGUUCUCCAGCCAAAUAAUGUGCACCAAAAUCCGUAUAUUAGGGUAAAGUGUGACCACGUUAAUGGAAAUAACAUCAAAAAUGGAUUUUUUAAAAAGAAAAAAAAUGCUUGCAAAAAAUAUACAGGUCGUUGUUGUUGUUUUUUAAAAAAGUUAUUAUUACCUCUGCUAUUAUGAAUUGUUUCCUAUGAAGCAUCUCAAAGCAAUUUCACAAUGCACUGCUAAUAAAGUUUCAUGAGGGCUUUUAAAAGAAUAAAUAAAUAAAUGGCACAUCGAUGUGGAAAUCUGAAACAAUGAACUUAUGAUUGGAAAAGUGAGAAACUGAGAGAAACCAGGAUAGCCAGAUUCACUCAUCCCUAUCAGCCACAGAGGCACCCUUCUCUGUGAUUUCCAUGCAGUUGUAUUCCAUUAUUUUCCUUCUCCCUUACAGGUCGCUGAAGGGAUGGCGUACAUUGAGAGAAUGAACUCCAUCCACAGGGACCUCAGGGCAGCCAACAUCCUCGUCUCAGAGACCCUCUGUUGCAAAGUUGCAGAUUUUGGCCUGGCUAGGAUCAUAGAGAAUGAGUACCUCGCGAAAGAAGGUUGGUAUGACGCUUAGGGCUUUGUGGUUUAGUCGUUUAGUCGUAUCCAACUCUUCAUGACCCCCAUGGACCAGAGCACGCCAGGCACUCCUGUCUUCAUGGAUCACUGCCUUUACAGUAUAUUGUGGCGAUCACACAGGGUCCCCGGACGUUUCACCGUCUAUUGAUCCCUGUGCCACCACUUUAUUUCUCGCUGCCACCACCCAGACCUUACCUGGUAUAAUACUGAGUCCAGUCAGGGUUAAGUUGGAACAUCAACUUCUGUUUAUUUAUUGCAGUUUAACAAGUGUGUGGUUUCAUAAACAGCAUCGGUCAACUACAAUCAUGGGGUGCCUACCCAGACCUAUACCUUCCGCUACCUGCUCUCACUCACUAAACCACCUCUCAGAUAUUUACUUGUCUUCCUAGCUCCUAACUGUUCCUGACUCAGCUUAUUUCUCUACACUAACUCAACCUGCCCACAGACUAUAUCAAUUCACUCCCACUCCAACCAACCACCCAACUCCCAACGAACUUGUCCCUUCACCCCUCCCAGAGCUGGUUUUAUAGUCCCUCUGACUCCACCCCCCUGGGUUCUGAUUGGGUAACCUGUUUAACUAUUUUACCUCCAGCACUCUCAUACGUUAACGUCACAUAUAUGUUCCAACUAAGAUGGUGGGUUUCCCCCCCUCCCUUUCCAUCUCAUCUUUUCUCUUUCUUUUCUUUGUCAUAUUUAUAAUUUAAAACCAAUAAGAACAACGAAAACACAUGAAUUUACCCUUUCUCGACAGGUGCCAAAUUUCCUAUCAAAUGGACAGCACCAGAAGCAAUUAACUAUGGAGUUUUCACGAUCAAAUCCGACGUCUGGUCUUUUGGAGUUCUCCUAACUGAAAUCAUCACCUUUGGAAGGUGCCCCUACCCUGGUAUGGUAGUUUGCAUUAAAGCAUCAUUUGUUACUCUGAGCCAAGAAUCAUUUAUUGAUUAUCCAUUAUCCAUUAUCCAUUAUCCAUUAUCCAUUAUCCAUUAUCCAUUAUCCAUUAUUGAUUCGCUCCGCUGAUGUUUUAGCAAGCCUUCAUUCUAUUUUCUUUAUUAACAAUUUUUAUUAAAUUUUCAAUUUUACAUUUCAAAUUAAACAUCUUUUAUUAUACCACACAUUCAUUGACUUCCCUCCCUCCCCUUCCAAGGUUCAUUUAAAUAAUCCGCCAUUCCUGCAUGUUUCAAUAUAUCCAUCUAAUUUAAUUUUCCUAUCUUACAUCAGUUCAAAAUACGUGAGUGAGUAGGUGCCAUCACGAGUAAGGCCCUGCUCCUAUACCAUACAGUAUGGACCUCGUGCUAAGAUGGAAGGUCCUCUCCCACCGAACACAGUGAUUGGUUAUGGGGCAAGUAAGGGAUGAGACAAUGGGAUGCGGGUGGCACUGUGGGUUAAACCACAGAGCCUAGGGCUUGCUGAUCAGAAGGUUGGCGGUUCAAAUCCCGCGACAGGGUGGGCUCCCGUUGCUCGGUCCCUGUUCCUGCCAACCUAGCAGUUCGAAAGCACGUCAGAGUGCAAGUAGAUAAAUAGGUACUGCUCCGGCGGGAAGGUAAACGGUGUUUCCUUGUGCUGCUCUGGUUCGCCAGAAGUGGCAUAUUAAUAAUAAUAAUAAUAAUAAUAAUAAUAAUAAUAAUAAUACUCCCCCCAUCUGGCUGGGUUUCCCCAGCCACUCUGGGCGGCUUCCAACAGAACACUAAAAUACAAUAACCUAUUAAACAUUAAAAGCUUCCAUAGUCAUGCUGGCCACAUGACCCGGAAGCUGUACGCUGGCUCCCUCAGCCAAUAAAGCGAGAUGAGCACCACAACCCCAGAGUCAUUCGCGACUGGACUUAAUGGUCAGGGGUCCCUUUACCUUUAAGGGAUGAGACAUUUUUCAGUAUCAAUUCUUUCUCUCCUUUCCACAGCUAUGACCAAUCCCGAAGUCAUCCAACAUCUACAGAGGGGUUACCGGAUGCCCUGUCCGGAAAACUGUCCGGCUGAACUCUAUGCAGUCAUGUUGAAAUGCUGGAAGAACAAUCCCGAAGAGAGACCCACGUUCGAAUACCUCCAGUCCACCCUUGAGGACUUUUACACGGCCACGGAAGCACAGUACGAAGCUCAGCCCACUUCUUCCUGA